AUGUGUCACGGUUCAAGGGUAGAUGUUGAGCGCCGCAUCAUUAAAUUAUAUUAUUGCUGCGGGGUAACACGGCGCGUCGUGAAAAUAAAGGCCGGUCUCGUCAGACAGAAAGAAAACAAAGGCAUGAAAGAGGGUGAUGAGGAGAUAACGUUGGAUCCCGUGCAGGCAACUCAAAUUCGGAUUAUGAUGGAAGCAGCAGAAAAGGAGGAACGACGCAGAGAACAAACAGCGGAAAGAGCUGAAAGACGAGCAGAGGAAGCAGCAGCUGAAGAAAGGAUCGAAGGAAUAUUUGACAGCCAUCGAGUUAGUGAGGAAUUGCGAGCAGAUCUGUUACUGGCUAAUUUGGAAACGAAGAUGAAGACAGUACUAAAUGAGAUUAAAACUUAUGAUUAUCUAAAUUAUGAAGUAAUCAAACAACAGAUCAUACGUUAUUGUCGCUUUUGUCCGAUGAAACUCCGCGAUGAAUUCUUUUUGGCUCGGAAGGCACAUGAUGAGACAUAUCCUGCAUUUGCAUCGAAACUACAUCGAAAUCUCCGAUUCUAUUUACAAAGUCGGAAGGUUGAAACGUUGGAUCAAGCACUUUUAUUGCUAGUCGUGGGCCGAAUGAAGGAAUUGUUGCCAAAAAACUUGUUGGAACAUGUAUUAACUCAGGAAGGUGAGGAAUGGUUAACCCACGAACGUUGGACAAUGUUGUGGAGAUAUGAGGCCAACAUAAACAUGAGACUGUCUAGUAAUGUAGCCCCAGGCUAUAAACCACUCCAAACGGCUGUACGUCCCGGAACAGAUCACAAAUGGCUCAACAAAGAGGUUGUAAAAGGAUCAAUAUCAAAGGUAGGUUGUUAUCACUGUGGUAGUCGGGGACAUCUUGCUAAAUUUUGUACCCAGAAAACAAAUCAUAAUCCCAUCAAGAAGCUCAUGAAAUGCCAGGUCACUGCUAUGCCUCAGGCCACAAAGGAGUUGAAGAAACCAAGUAUUACUCCUGGGACCAUACAGGCUGAAAAAUACUUCAAAAGACCAUUUGUUCAGGUUAAAAUUCAAGCUGGUCCGACCUGUGCAGCAUUGGUAGAUAGAGGAGCAGAAGUAUGUGGAAUCGGAAUCUCUCAGGACUUAAGUCACAAGUUAAACAUACCCAGAGGGGAACGUUUGAGGAUCAAGGGAUGGAAUGGACCAACGACAGAAGUAGAUGGUGCAUGGGUAAUGAUGGCCUAUAACCCUGAUGAAGGCGAAAGUAUUGCCCCCGCUGUGGUGGAAUUGUUGAAGAUGGCAAGACAGUAUGCAGUGAAACUCGGAAAUGACCAAAAUAUCACACCAAUCAAGAUCCCUGUCAGGAGGAGGGGUGACGAUCUGAUAGGCGUGAUGGUGGUUAAUGCAGCAAACGUCGUGUCAGUGAAAAUGAUGAUAAGGUGUAUGAUGAAAACAUUGUUUGAUCACAUAAGGAAUGUUGGACGAUAUGAAGUAGCUCACAACAGUAGCAACGACCACAGCAACGCCAGUGGUAAAUUGAUAUCUAACAACAGUGGUAGUGAAAGUACUUCCCACAAUGACAACGACAUCAAUAGCAGCGACGACAAUAUUGGCAAUAAAGGUACUCACAACAAUAAUGGUGAUAAUACGAAGAUCAAUGUUAGAUUGGAAGUAGCUUACAAUAACUACGGUAUUAAUAAUGGUAAAAUAGAUGGCAGCAUUAUGUUAGAUAAGGUUGGGAAGGAACUAGUUAAUGAAAAUAAUAAUUGUAAAAUAGAUGGCAGUGGUAUUGUAGAUAUAGUUGAUGAUCAUGAGGUUGAUGAGGAGAAAGAUGAUGAAGUCAGUGGAAUUAAUAAUUGUAAUUUGGAUGCCAGCAGCAGUGAUGGUGAUGAGGAUCACGACGUUGAUGGUGAGGAGGAUGAGAAGAUGGAACGUAAUGUUGGUAAUGUUGAUCAGGCAGAUGAUGUUGGUAACGUUGGUCAGUCGGAUGAAGCAGAUAAGGUAGAUGGUGUUGGAGAUGUGGUUCGGUCAGGGGAAGCAAGGGUUGGUAGCGAUGGUGGUCGAUUGGUCGAUGAUGAAGAGGCGGAUGUUCAUGAUAAUGAUUGUAGUCAGGAAGAUGCGACGAUGAAGAAUAAUAAAUGUAAUGUUAGAGAUGAAGAUGAUGAAGAGAGUGUGGAAGGUGGCUGUACGCUGGAAAAGGAAAAAUUCCUUCAAGAACAACGUAAAUGUGAAGCAGCAACGAAGUUUACCAGCUACAAAAAUGUAUGCAAAGUGAGAUAUGGCGGUAAAAAAAGAGAGAAAUAUGCUAAUUAUUCUUCACUCGGAGAUCAAAGUGUUAUCAAAGAGCAAGUAAAUGGAACCAAUAAAAUUAGCACAAUAGAACAUAACACCGAUGUAAUUAGCACAAUAAAACAUAACACCAAAGCAAUAAAUAGCACUUACGUUCGGAAAGUUUUCUUCACAAUUUAA